AUGCGGUACCCAAUUUCCGCGCUUCCCGUUCUCGCCCUGUGGCUUCGAGGGGCCGUUGGCAAGUACGAUGCCAAGCUCUGCGACGAUGGUAGCUACACUAGCGCUGACGGCGACUUCACCUGUAAGACACCUUCAGGCGAGUGGUCCUCGGACCCAGGGUCUGUCCACUCGUACCCCCACGUGAAGUUCACAGACCCCGCCCUGCCGGUGGCUUUCGCCAACAUAUCGGCACUGACACUCUCGGUGCAAUGGGCCAUGGGCCCGGGAUCGACGCCACUGUCUGUGCCUGGUCUUGACUCUUCCGGCUUGGCGAAGCUCGAUGCCUCGGCCAAUGCGGCGUUCGACAUCUUUGCAGAUCGCAAUGCUGCCAGCUCGCAGAACGAGACCGAAGCCGAGACGGAAAUCAUGGUCUGGCUGGGAAGGGUCGGGUACGCGGAGCCGCUGGGGUACGACGACGGCGAUGCGUUCCUCGCCAAGGUCACCGCCGGCCACACUGAAUUCACCCUGCACAAGGGCACGAACCAGAGAGGCACGAACGUCUACACCUGGGCGGCCGAGUCCAAUGAGACCAGCUUCGCAGCCGAGAUAUCGCCCCUGAUCCAGUAUCUCUGGUGGACCGGCCUAGUAUCUGCCGGCUCGUACCUGGGGCUCAUCAGCUUUGGCACCGAAGGGUACCAUGCGGAAGGGAACGUCAGCUUCGCGCCCAGGAUGGCACCGCCGCUCCUUACCCCCUCUCGGCCUACAACGCCGGGUUCGUUCCAGGGCAGGCCUUGGAGCCGUGAGACUCACGAUCCGUUCAGGGACCCGUCCGAGGCAUCGUCGCCCGGUACGGGCUCAAGAACGUCCGUUGUUCUUCUGACGAGGAAGAAGACACCCCUUCCUCCGCAAGAGGGGAUCAUGAACGAGAAGGCAGACUGCCUCCCCAGCUCAGACGAGGAUGUCGAACGCGGGCAUGCUGCCCCUGUCGCCCUCGCCGCCGCGCCAGAAAAGCGAACAGCAGCAGCCGCCGGCGGCUUCAAAAAGAGCGGCAACCUUCUUCGACGCAGCUACGAAGCCCUCCGGAGGACGUACUGCCCGCGCGAAGAACCAGGCCUCGUCUUGCCCACCAGCCCCACCGACGACGAGAAGCUGAAGUACCUGAGCACCAACCGCAUCCCGCUGUACGUGUUCGGAGUCUUCUCCUUUCUGACUUUAUCGGCGGGCAUGUGGCUGUUCGCGAUAUCGGCGCCCAUAUUUUACUGGUACGGCGUCUUCGUGGCGUUCCUCAACAUCUACCUCAUCAUCUCGUACUUCGUGGGCGUCGUCGGCCGCGACUGGGAUUACACGACGCACCAGCAGAUCGUCCAGCAGUAUCCCAUAAACGAGGACACGGCCCCGACCGUCGACGUCUACCUGCCGUGCUGCUCGGAGCCGCUCGAGAUCCUGGAGAACACGUACCAGCACAUCGUCAAGCUCGACUGGCCGGCCGCCAAGCUGCGCGUGUACGUGCUCGACGACGGCGACCAGGCGGCGGUGCGCGACCUGGCGCGCAGCUACGGGUUCGAGUACAUCGUGCGCGGCGACCGGCCGCGGCUGCGCAAGGCGGGCAACCUGCGGUGGGCGUUCGCGCGCACGCAGGGCGACUUCUUCGCCAUCUUCGACGCCGACUUCUGCCCCCGGCCCGACUUCCUGCGCGAGCUGGUCGUCGAGCACCUGGCCGACGACCGGACGGCCAUCGUGCAGAGCCCGCAGUUCUUCCGCGUCACCGACGAGCAGACCUGGGUCGAGCAGGGCGCCGGCGCCACGCAGGAGCUCUUCUACCGCGUCGUGCAGGUCAACAGGAACCGCUGGGGCGCCUCGAUCUGCGUCGGCAGCAAUGCUGUCUACCGGCGGGCGGCGCUGGUGGACGUUGGCGGGACCGCCGAGAUUGGUUUUUCGGAGGACGUUCACACCGGUUUCGGGGCUGUUGACCGCGGCUGGAAGGUCAAAUAUGUGCCGCUGUGUCUGGCAACGGGCAUCUGCCCCAACACGCCACGCUCCUUCUUCUCGCAACAGAUGCGCUGGGCGCGCGGCAGCACGACGCUGCUCACCACCAAGCACUUUUGGGUGUCGAAUCUGACGCUCAUGCAGAAGAUCUGCUAUCUCUGCGGUAAACUCCUUCACAAGGACUGCGCCACAAAAAGAAAACGCCCGCUGACUUUGUGUUGUAUCCCAGGUCUUCUCUACUACUCGGCCGUCUCGCUCGGCAUCUUCAUCUCGCCCAUCCCGGGCACGCUCCUUUUGUCGUUCCGCCCAGAGUGGUUCAAGUACUACAACCUGGCGUUCGCGAUCCCGUCCAUCGUCUACGGCUCGCUGGUCUUCCGCUUCUGGGCCAAGGCCAAGUACGGCCUCAACGUGCAGCACGUCAUGGUGGUGCAGUCGUACGCGUACCUGACGGCCAUCAAGGACCGCCUGUUCGGCAUCGAGCUGCUGUGGGCCGCGUCCGGCGACAAGAAGGCCCACAAGAGCAACAAGUACCGCAACAUGCGCAUCCUCUGCUGGCUGUGGACCAUCGCCACCGUCGGCGGCGUCGUCGCCAUCGUCACCUACCGCAUCCUCACGGGCUUCCCGUGGUACCACACCAUUCCGCUGCUGGUGCUCAACACUACAAGGAUGUUUCGUCUGUCUCGAGUAUUGAUCCCCAAGGCGAACCAUGGCAACCGCACGACGCCCCAAAAGUCCUACGGAAACUAA